CUGUACGUAAUCACUUUGUGCUGCGUGACCGUAAACAACUCGACCCUGGCCUGAUUACAUUUGUUCAGGCUGCUCGACAUGGGGCGCCUGAAUAAUGCGAAGCGGCUCUUAACUGACAUGGGUGAAGAAGACACCUAUGUUUCCAACAAAGGCUGGCAGCUAAACUAGAGGUGGGCAGGAUGGGGGAGCGGACUGUUGGCAGGCCCGUGGCUGCGAUCUCUCCAGUGCAGCAGAUGCUGGCUUCUGGCACUGGAGCCCUCCUCACAUCUCUAUUUGUCACUCCCCUGGAUGUCAUAAAGAUAAGACUGCAGUCUCAGCAGACUCCUUUCCACCAAGCCUGUGACUCUGCUCCGUGGGGUGGUGUCGGCCGCUCUUCCAAAUGGAAGUGCUUUCUGUAUUGCAAUGGAUUAAUGGAUCACAUCUACGUCUGUCGGAAUGGAUCCAGUUGCACCAGUUGGUACACAAAGCCAACUCAUUUCAGUGGGACUCUUGAUGCUUUUGUGAAAAUCACCCGCUAUGAAGGACUCCGGUCUCUGUGGAGCGGACUGCCUCCAACGCUGGUCAUGGCAGUUCCAGCUACAAUCAUCUACUUCACCUGUUACGACCAGCUGAGGGACUUCAUGUGGUUUGGUCUGGGUUUUCAGGGAAGUCACAUCCCUCUUCUGGCAGGAGGUCUCGCCAGACUGGGAGCUGUGACGGUGAUCAGUCCUCUGGAGCUGGUCAGAACCAAAAUGCAGUCCAGAAAGUUGACCUACAAGCAACUGUGGGUGUGUAUUCACUCAGCCGUGGCCCAAGAUGGCCUGCUGUCUCUGUGGAGGGGCUGGGGACCCACUGUUCUCAGAGAUGUGCCUUUUUCUGCUCUGUACUGGUUUAAUUACGAACUGGUGAAGACCAAGCUGUGUGAGGAGUACCAAAUGCCUCAGGCCAACUUUUCCAUCAGCUUCUCAGCAGGAGCUGUUUCUGGAGCCAUUGCGGCUGUCCUGACGCUGCCGUUUGAUGUUGUAAAGACUCGAAGGCAGAUUCAACUGGGAGAAAUAGAUGCACUCGCAGUUUCCCUAAAGAAAACCACAUCCACUUGGCACAUUAUGAAGAACAUCUGGGCUGAGUUGGGCUACAGGGGCCUUUUUGCAGGUUUCAUGCCCAGGGUGAUCAAAGUCGCCCCAGCUUGCGCUGUUAUGAUAAGCAGCUAUGAGUUUGGGAAGGCCUUCUUUCAGAAGAUGAACCUUGAUCGACAGCAGCUGGCAACCUAAUCCCUGGGAAUGGUGUGCUGGUUAGUUUUACCGUGGUAACUCGCAGCUGGGAUUAUGGCUCCUCGAACAAAAACCUGAAGAAGAAUGUGGCCUGGAUUCAUUUUUUUUCAACACAAAAGAAAUUCAGCUUUUUUAUAAUUAUUGCAGUAGAUUGAUUCUCAUGAAUAUGAAGUGUUCACCAAAAAAAGAUGGCAUGCCUAUAAUGAUGGCUAUAAAGACUUUGAGUAAGCCUGGAUCUUGAGAAUAACUUAAUUUCUUCAUGAUAAAAACAAUCAUUUAUAAAGAGAAGAGACUUGCCCUUAAUGUGUUGAGAAAUACGGACCAACCACAAGCAUCUUCACCCUAUGAGCACUCACCUACUGUGUGUAACAGUUAUGCAAGCUCCUAAAGACUUCAACUUCUGUGCUGUAACAUGAGUAACAAGAAAAUACGCUCGUUGCCAGAUAAAGCAGACGGGGCGUCCUGCCCUUUGCAGUACAGAGUCCAGAUAAGAUGCUCCACCCUCUUCAUGCUUCGUCGCACAAUCCGCUGUCCUGCAACAGUAAAGCAUGGCCAUUUUCAGCAAUUAUCUGCUGUGUAGAUAAUUACCAAAUAUGUUUGUAUGCUGGAUGAGUUUAACACAGCAUUUUACAUUCGCAACAAAAAAACUGUGAAAUGCAUCCAGAGCAACAGAUUCCUGUGUAUGUGUGUGUUUUAAUAGUUCAAGCAAUGCCACAGUUUGACAUCUUCAUCUUCAUUCAUAUGAGUACAUUUGCUGCAUGAUGGCAAAACUGAAGCAAGUUUUUCUGAACUGUAUGUUAUGUUAAAACUAGCAUUUAGUGGUGUUUUUGCUAAUCUUUCUUUGAAAAUUCUAUUUUCUUUCCAUAGAUUCUCAGAUCUCUAAAAAUAUUGCCUUGUGGCAUUCUGGUGGCUAAACAGAAUAGACAUGCAUAGAACUGAAAAAAAUUACACUGGACCAGGAGAAGAAAGAUGUAUGUGAAUGUGUUUGUUUUAUAUGAUUUAAGUUUUAAUAAAAUGUUAAAACAUG